AUGGUCUUGAAACUCUACGGCUUCCCCUUAUCCACCUGCACCCGUCGCGUCGCGCUCGUGCUCAAGGAGAAGAAUGUUCCCUAUGAGCUCGUCCCCGUCGAUCUCACCAAGAACGAGCACAAAAGUGCCGAGUUCAUGACCAAGCAGCCCUUCGGCCAGGUGCCGUACAUAGUCGAGGAGGACGGCUUCCAGCUCUAUGAGAGCCGCGCGAUUGGCCGUUACAUUGCUCUCAAGUAUGCCGGGCAGGGGAACAAGAUUCUCCCCGACCCUUCCGACUUCAAGAACACGGCGUUGUUCGAGCAAGCCGCGAGUAUCGAACUCACUAAUUUUGACCCCUUCGCGUCGGGCUUGGCUUUCGAGAAGGUCUUCAAGCCCCGCAAGGGUCUUGGUGAAACCAACGAGGAGGUCGUCGCAUCCCUUACGAAGCAGUUAAACGCAAAGUUGGACGCGUAUGAGGUCCUCCUUUCCACUUCCAAGUACCUCGCUGGUGACGAGGUCACUCUUGCCGAUUUGUUCCACAUCCCAUAUGGCGCCAUGCUUGGGGUGAUGGGCAUCGAUGUCCUCGAGUCCGGAACCAGACCUAAUGUGGCUAGAUGGUGGAAGGACAUCACCUCUCGCCCGUCAUGGCAAGCUGUUAAGAACGGCGCAUGA